UAUCUGCGGAUAUUCUAAACCAGACGUGGCAUCAUCUCCGGCAUUGGCGGAUUAUCUCUGGCUGAUUGUUUUUUUCUUUCAUACACUCUCUCAAGGAGAAGAAGAAGUCUUACACCUCUCAGCCAACUCAAGAAAACAGUCGAUCAAAUCAAUGGCCUCAGCAACGUCUCGGAUCAUAUUCCGCAUAGUAAUAGCGGUUCUCCUUCUCCUGGCUCUCUUCUAUGUCGGCCGUCCUCUUUACUGGAAAAUCUCCGCCACCAUCCACGACAUUCGCCACAACAAGCAAACCGUUCAACAAGGUCUUUCACAGAUUAUGCAUGAGGCCCAGAAAUCUGUUGGGUGGUUUCAUGAUGAAUCCGACUCUGUAGUCCGUGGAGAUCGCAGCAAACAGGCUUCAAGGAGAUUGCUUUUUAAGGUUUUAUGAUGGGAUUUUCCCUUUAAAUCUUUCUUUUUCCACACUUAUUGUUAACUUGUUAUGUCAGUUAAUGGGGUUGAUCUGGGAUUAGUAAUUUUCUCUGGUUUAGUUCAAGCAAGUUACUAGGUUGUUUUGUUCCUGGUAUAGCUUUCCUCUUUAUUUUGUGUUCAUAGGAAGUGUAAGAGUUCUGCUGUUGAUUUUUUUCUGUGAUUAAGUAAAGUUGUACUGUUUUUGAUGCAUAUGUUUCAUAUAUGGAACAAUUGUAAUGAAUUUCAGUGAUGCUGUAAUCAGAAUUUUAUAAUGAGAUGAUUAUUAUAAGAUCUUGCAUUUAUCAGGUUUUCGUUUUCUUUUUAAUUGAAUCUUUGUUCAUUACUCAA